AUGAAUGAUCUUCGGUGUUAUGUGGAAUUCACGUUUUGCAAGCUCGGAGGCGCGGCGCUGAUUGAAGCGCUCGGGCGGUCUGACCUGGCAGCCGUGGAGGUGCUCUUGUACGGUGUGAAAGACGCGGACAGUUUGACAGGAGGACCCUUUGCCGUCAGAUUGAUGAACCUUUUGUCCAUCUGGACGGACGACACCUUCCUGCGCGCUGUGGUCCUCCUUCACAAACACGGCAUGGACCUGGAGCCCCCAGACAAGGCCCUUCUGCCCUUCGUGGCCGGGGAAUGCAAAGUCCGACUGGUCAAGAGGCUGCUGGAGCUGGGGGCUAGCCCGAAAGCACAGUUCAGCGGCAGCAGCGCCAGCAGUGAGGCCAGUUGGUGUCCGGAACCGGAGAAGGAAGCCAUCCAGUCUGAGAUCUUCGUGGCAAGCGCUGUUGUUGGCGCCGGAGGGACACGGCCGUCGAAGCUUGAACUCCGGCCGCCCUGUGGAGUUCAAAACGCCAAGUGGGUGAAUUACGAAGCUGGGGAAUGCAUAUGCCGAACCGAGCUCUUCGGAGCUGGUUGCCCCCAGACAUUUCACGAGUACAAGUUCUCCGAAGCUGACAUUGACCCCCGGAAAGACUGCCCGGGCCUCGGAGGCCGGUGUCUUGGGCCCGAAGAGUUCAAAAGGCUCUGCGAAGGAAUGCAGGGCAGCAUCGGCGAAAUGCUUGGGGACUGCCAGUGUUCGGACGAUGACGGCCGCAGGAACCUCUCCCGGGAGAAGCUGAACAAUAUCAAAAAUGCCUACGGUCACAUCCACAAUCAUGCCCUGAAGUUUUGUUCGGGACUCUACGCUGAGGUAUGGAGGACGGCGGCGAGAAGCGUCCGAGGCAUGAUACCGGAAAUCCUCAGCGCUUUAGGCCACCAGGAAGCCCAGAAGAUCUGCCAGACGGCCUUGGAUGGGCAAGUGACGCCAAAGGAAGCCGAUGAGGAGCUCCUGUAUCCUGAGAAGCAUCCCGUCCGAGACCCUCCGCCUGGAGAGAACACUCGGCUCUACAAGGUUCUGGACGGAAAGGAGCAGAGCAUUCAGAGCUGGAAGCAGCUGUUGAAGGAUGUCUGCAAGGACGAGUGCCACGACCUCGUGACACAGAUGAGAGAUUACGAAAUUGCACGUGAACUCGCGAUGGCCGCAGAUUCCAGCUCGUUAAGUGUAUCCGAAGCGUGUGCCGAGCUCGUGGUGCAAAAGGUCGAGGCCGAAGUGCUGACCUGUUGCGCAGAGGAGUGCGGCUGGGAUGAGCAACAGUGCCAGCUCUGGCCCUUCAUGGAUGCUUCCCAGCAAUCAAGCUGGAAGGCGCGGUGCUGCGAAGAGGGCAACAUCCUGAAGGGCUCCAGCCGAGAAAGCCUUUGCAACAGCGUUGAGCCCAGCAGCGUACGCGAGGAACUCGAGAAGAUCGAUACAGUGACCGAGACCCCGGGAGAUGAUGUCAGAGUUGGCAUGUCGAUCAAGGAGGGCACAGCCUUCUUUCAGGCCGUUUCGGUGGCUCCUGCAUGCAACAUGGCCACCGGCGUUCGGCUCUGCCGGAAUCCAGAGUCGCACAAGGUAUUCCUGAAGCUUUGCGAGAAGCCUGGAGAAGGCUGGCAGUUCCUCGAGUCGGGUCAACACUCAACGCUCAAGAGACAUGCAGUGCCCCUGAAGGGGACCGGUGUCAGCGCCUGCAAGGAGCAGCUCAAAGAAAAAGGCGUCGACUCCGUGUCCUGGCUCGGCAAAGACGACAUAGGCAAAGGCACAGACUGCUACUGCUACGUCAUCAAGACGCCGAAAGAAUCGAAAGAACAUGAACACGAAGUCCGGACAGCUUACAAGGCUGUCCAGGACAGCGUGACAGGCUUGAAGGGGGGAGUUCCCGGCGCUGCGCUGUUUAUGAAGAGAUAA